CAGGUUAAAUUCUUAAGGAUUUUUCUGAAUUUAAAUGAAAGUUUCUGAAUAUUAAAGUGUAGACGGUUCUCUGCUUAAAGUUUAAUUGUUGCAUCACCAUGCCGACUGUAUCAAGCAGAGGAGAUGCCAUGAGAGGAUUAGCUGUGUUUAUUUCCGAUAUUCGUAACUGUAAAAGUAAAGAAGCCGAAAGCAAACGAAUAAACAAAGAACUUGCUAACAUUAGGUCGAAGUUUAAAGGUGACAAGACUUUGGACGGUUACAGCAAGAAAAAGUAUGUUUGCAAGUUGUUGUUCAUAUUUCUACUCGGGCACGAUAUUGACUUCGGGCACAUGGAGGCUGUCAAUCUACUCAGCUCCAAUAAAUAUACAGAGAAACAAAUUGGUUAUCUCUUCAUCUCAGUGUUGGUGAGCUCCAACUCUGACCUGAUGAAGCUGAUCAUACAGAAUAUUAAGAACGACAUAAGCUCGCCUAAACCAGUCCAUGUCAAUCUUGCCCUGCAUUGCAUCGCUAACAUCGGAUCCGCUGAAAUGUCCGAGGCUUUUGGACAAGAAGUCCCAAAGCUGCUUGUCUCAGCUCACGCAAGUGAAUCAGUGAAGCAGAGCGCCGCUCUUUGUCUUCUUCGAUUGAUCCGAACUCUUCCGGAUGCGAUGACUUACGCAGAGUGGGCAUCUAGAGUUAUUCAUCUGCUUAAUGAUCAGCAUAUGGGUGUUGUAACAUCAGCUGCGAGUCUCAUCCAUACAUUAUCACAAUUAAGUCCUGGUGAUUAUAAAGGUUGCGUCUCACUUGCCGUAUCCCGACUCAGUAGGAUCGUAACUUCUACGUACACAGAUCUACAGGAUUACACUUAUUAUUUCGUUCCUGCUCCAUGGCUCAGUGUGAAACUACUACGACUACUACAAUGUUAUCCUGUACCAGAGGAGCCAGCAGUUCGAGGUCGGUUGGUUGAAUGUUUGGAGACAAUCCUUAACAAAUGCCAAGAGCCUCCAAAAUCAAAGAAAGUUCAACAUUCCAAUUCAAAAAACGCUGUUUUGUUCGAGGCAAUUAACCUCAUAAUACAUAUUGACAGUGAACCGAAUCUUCUCGUUCGUGCGUGCAAUCAGCUCGGACAGUUUCUGCAGCACAGAGAAACAAACCUUCGAUACUUAGCGCUUGAGAGCAUGUGUCUGCUCGCUGGAUCCGAGUUCUCUGCUGAUGCUGUUAAAAAGCAUCGGGAGACCGUCAUUAAUGCAUUGAAGACUGAGCGUGACGUGAGUGUCCGACAGCGAGCAGUAGACCUUCUAUAUGCCAUGUGUGAUAAAACCAACUCUGAAGAGAUAGUAGCGGAGAUGUUGGCUUACUUGAAGAAAGCUGAUUAUGCAAUAAGAGAAGAGAUGGUGCUUAAAGUUGCGAUAUUGUCUGAGAAAUAUGCAUCAGAUUACACGUGGUAUGUUGACACCAUCCUACAGCUUAUAAGGGUGGCUGGUGAUUAUGUGUCAGAGGAAGUGUGGCACCGAGUUAUACAGAUCGUUAUCAAUAGAGACGAUGCGCAAGGUUAUGCAGCUAAAACUGUAUUCGAGAACCUACAAGCCCCUGCAUGCCAUGAGAACAUGGUUAAAGUGGGAGGGUACAUCCUGGGUGAGUUUGGGAACCUUAUAGCUGGCGACGAGCGGUCUUCUCCCCUCGUUCAAUUCAAUCUCCUCCACUCGAAGUUUCAUCUAUGCACGCCAUCCACACGUGCUCUCCUGCUUUCAACUUAUAUCAAGUUCAUCAAUCUGUUUCCGGAGAUCAAACAGACAAUCCAGAACGUCCUCCAAAACGACAACCAGCUACGAAACGCUGACGUGGAACUCCAGCAGAGGGCGCUAGAGUACUCGCAGUUAAGUUCGAUCACGUCACAAGAUGUCCUCGCUACCGUACUCGAGGAAAUGCCCCCGUUCCCGGAGCGUGAGUCGUCCAUUUUAGCAAAGCUGAAGAAGAAGAAGCCAGCUUCUGUGCAAGCAAUUGAAAAAGAAGAAGAAAAGAUGAAAAAGUCGCCGCCAAGUAUUGAGAAUCACGUGAAUGUCCCAAAAGAAGUUCCAGCGAAUACUAACUCUGUUGAUCUCCUUGGGUUGAGCACACCACCUGCCACCCCUCAACAAUCAACCAAUAGUCUUCUCGUUGAUGUGUUUGGUUCAGUAGAUCAACCUGUUGCUCCAAAACCAGAGUCCAAUAUUAGCAACGUGGACAGUUUUGACGACGUGUUAACUUUGCCCGCUAAUCUGGGGGAAAUUCCCUUAUCGGAGACUGCUGGAUCUGUUGACCCAGAAGCGGCACAGUUUCUAUUCAAGAACAGCGGAGUUUUGUUCGAGAACAACCUCAUUCAAGUUGGGGUCAAAUGUGAAUUCAAAGAACAAUAUGGUCGAGUUGGAUUAUUUUUCGGCAACAAAACUGGGAACCAACUUCAAAAUUUCUCGGCUUCUGUUUCGAUGGGAGCUGACCUGCAGGGAAAGGUAAAUAUUGCUCCACAAAAAGAGGCUCCCACCCAAAUAGAUGGUGGAGCUCAAGUCCAACACUUCGUGAACCUUGAAUGCAUCACUUUCUUUUCGGGUUCACCUAAUCUACAACUACGGUAUCAGCAUGCUAGUACCCCACAGCAGGUCACCCUUAAACUGCCCGUUAUAAUCAACAAGUUCAUGGAAGGCACGAACAUGCCGGCGGCAGAUUUCUUCAAUCGAUGGAAACAACUCGGUCAACCGGUGCAAGAAACACAGAAAAUAUUCCAAGCCAAUCAUCCUAUAGAUACUGAAGCUGCUAAAACUAAACUUACAGGUUUUGGGAUGUCCGUGUUAAUUAACGUUGACCCGAACCCUGACAAUCUGGUCGGUUCUGGAAUCGUGAAAACUAAAACUUCGCAAAUUGGAUGUUUGCUUCGACUCGAACCCAACAAGGAAGCUAAAAUGUACAGAUUGACAGUUAGGAGCAGCGUUGGAGAAGUUGCUGCUCUUCUCUGCACAAUGCUGGAGGAGCAUUUCUAAUAAUAAUAUAAUCAUUACCUAUUUAGGGGUUUCCCCUGUUAUCGCAUUCCCACAUCGCGGUGACUCAUCAUUUCUGCCAUGAAUCCGUAAUUGUUAUAUCGUUUUAGUUUUUAAAUAGCGCCUCCCCCUACCCUUAACAGCUUAUAUUCUAUAUAAUGUGUUCUAUAAUAGUCUAUUAAUACUUCACAACUAUCCCACUACAUUGCGUUAUGUCUCUCAUCCUACGUUGUUUUAACCUCGUGACCAACUUAAUCAUAAACUAUACCCCAGCCACCCCAUAUUUAUUCGUCAUGUAAAGCAUGCACUUUAGGACACGGGCAAUUAUUUCCAAAUCAAAUUCUGUUCUUCCGUUAUUUAUGUCAAUUAACGAUUAUGCUUGUUGGUGUAACGCAUCCUUGCUUGGUAGGUAGUAUAAGUGCGACUACGUAAUGAAAUUCGGUUGCCGAAACUGUAUCAACCCAAUUAAAAGUGAUUUCACCAAAA